GCUCUGGACAGAAACUGGGCAGAAGAUUCUGGAGGAGGAAACCAUCCUCCCUUCAGAAGUUCAGCCCUGGAGGUUCAUCCAGUACCGGGAGGCUGAGGGUCCUCGAGGACUUUGCAGGCGACUCCAUGACUUUUGUAGGCGAUGGCUGAGACCAGAAAUGCACACGAAAGCCCAGAUGCUGGACCUGGUGGUUCUGGAGCAGUUCCUGUUCCUUCUGCCCCCAGAGAUGGAGAGCUGGGUGCGGGAGUGUGGAGCAGAGACCAGCUCCCAGGCGGUGGCUCUGGCGGAAGGCUUCCUCCUGAGCCAGGCAGAGAAGCAGAAGGAGCAGGUUGAGUUACAGUGCUUUACUGUGGAAAUCAGAGAUCCUGAGGGAAAAAAGAAUCCAUCAAAAAACCCCGAGAAGCUAUUUUUCAGGAGGAACCAUUGGGAAGAUCCAAGUCGGGACACCUCAGGAGAGAAACAAAGAAUGAAGUUUUCUAGUUUUUGCGAUGAAACUCAAACAGUGGUUGAACCUUCAAAUCAAGAGAGUCUGGUUUCCUUUGAGGAGGUGGCUGUGUAUUUCUCUAAGGAGGAAUGGUCUCAGCUGGAUCCUGACCAAAAAGCGCUGCAUUCGGAAGUCAUGCUUGAAAACCAUAGGAAUGUGGUCUCCCUGGGUAAUAAUGGGCAGGAGAAUCAAGAUUCCUGUGAACUGUUCCAAGUGAUCAAUGCUAAAGAUGGAAUGGAGAAGUUUGGAAUUCGAAUGGAACUCAAAAGCUUUAAGAGAAACCAGUUAAAUAAUUGGAAUCAGGAAAGCUCAUCUUCCACUUAUUCUCUGAUGCAUGACUUUCUUGCCCAACAAGAGAAAAUAAGGAAAAAAUAUAUUGGGCAAAGUGUGAAGCUAAUUAAAGCUAAAUUACAUGUAAACGGACACUAUUUAACCCAAAACAGAAGAGAAGAUGCUAUAAGAAAAUACAAUGGAGAAAAUUACAAUGGGACAUUCAUUCUUUCUGUUGGAAAUAAUUUCUGUACAUCUCAAAAAGUAAUUCCCCCCAAAGAAUGCUUGGUGUGUGGAAAGAUCUUUUCUCAAAAUCUUGGAGGUUUUAAAGCAAACAUGAGCAUCAGUGGAGGUUAA